UUUAAUUCGUCGACGUUCGAGUAUAAGUUCAAUAAUUUGUAGCUUACGCGUUUAACCUGUUGUUGAGUAUUUGAUCGAUCGUAAAGAGUUUGAGUGAGAUAGAAGAAUUUGAAGCAGGAGGGGGGAGGAGGAAGGAUGGUCAGGUUGGUAUGCUUACCCUGUCAAAUAUUACGUUGGACCUGUCUAUCCCUCUUUUUCGCACGGUCUACCGAUUCGAAAUUAAUCUGCUGCCAAACAUCGCCGACGAUAAAUUAUCGAGUUUAUACUUCUCGACACGCAAAAGCGAACCAACAUGGACGUUAUGAGGCUGCGCAAGUAUUAUCGUUACAAUGCUUUUGGAUUCGAUAAGAUGUUGUACGGAUUACUUAUCGCCGAAAACGACUUGAGAACGUUUCUAAAUCUCGGUCUUUACUCCGGUCCAAUCACAAUUUUUAUUUUCAUACUUCUCGUCAUCCUAAUUUCCUGUUCGUUUACGAGCUCGUCUGUAUUGACCGCGAACGAAAGAGUCCUCGGGGAAUCUCGAAACGAUAUCGAGAAGCGGAUACCACGUAAAGAGAGUGUUAUUGACCUUCGACCUGCCUACAAGUGUAUUUACAAACAUUUGCAACAAACGGAGGUGUUUCAAAGAAAAACAAAGAAAUUAUUACGUAAGGAGUUGCUAGAGGUGGAGAUAAUGAACAGCAAAAUAACGUGCCUUGAGAAAUUAUUAAGACCUGAAGAACAAUGCGACUGGCGUCAAAGCAGGUCACCCAGGGUUUACCAUCGUGCGAUCGGUGUUACGUCGAAAUAAUAUUGCAACGAUUGAAAAUAAAAAAAAAAUGUAAUGAAAAAAAGAAAAAUAGGAAAUAGCAUCGUCCCACUGGUCGCUUUUAAACAAUGAAA